CGUCAAGAAAGGAGAAAUAAAUCAUUACAAACUCAUAUUCAUAAUGAGCAUUUUUCUAAAAUAACAUUUUAGUCCCGUGUGUAUUCACACUUUCUGAUUUUAAGUCGCUUCGUCCCAUCCUUGUUGCCGUCGACCGUUGUGACGUAAAAGAAGGAAGUAAACAAAGAGCAACCAGCUACUAGCAUCUUCUGUUCCAAAAUGUCGAUUACAAACCCGAGACAGACGUUUUUAAAGCCGACGAUUCCCUUCGCCGGGACGAUCCUGGGCGGCUUGCUGCCGGGGGAGAUGGUUCUCAUUCAGGGUUCGGUGCCGUCUGACGCCGACAGGUUCCAGGUAGAUUUCACGUGUGGCAGCAGCGUGAAGCCGAGGGCUGACGUCGCGUUUCACUUCAACCCGAGGUUCUCCAGGUCGCCGUGUAUCGUGUGCAACACGCUGCAGGGGGAGCGCUGGGGCCGGGAGGAGAUCCUGCACCAGAUGCCCUUCGCCGCCGGCGCCACAUUUGAACUGAUCGUCCUUGUCCUGAAAGACAAGUUUAAGGUUGCAGUGAACGGAGCUCAUGUGUUGGAGUAUAAACACCGUCUGGAGCUGCAGCUCGUCGACACUUUGUCCAUCUCUGGAAAGGUUAGGGUUGAAGCUGUCGGCGUCGUCCCGAGUUCUAGUUCAGGUUCUCCUGCACUCAGCCUGACCAACCAGGACCCAGAAAUUAAUCCAAUAAUCUCUCCUUCAGGUGACUUGAGGGUCCCCUUCAGAGCUGAGCUGGAUAAAGGACUGAGUGUGGGACGCAGUAUCAUGGUCAAAGGACAAACCAAUCAGAAUGCAGACAGCUUCUGUGUCAACCUGCGAGCUUCCCACGGCGCCGACAUCGCUCUUCACCUGAACCCUCGUCUGAAGAAAGGAGUCUUGGUCAGAAACUCCUUCCUGUCAGAGUGCUGGGGUCCAGAGGAGACAACUCUGGCCUCCUUCCCCUUUGCUGCCGGACAGUACUUUGAGAUGAUCAUCAUGUGUGACUCGCAGCAGUUCAGAGUUGCAGUCAACGGGCUCCACCAGCUGGACUACAAGCACCGGGUGCAGGACCUGAGCCGUGUCAGCCAGCUGGAGGUGCUGGGAGAUGUGACGCUGCUGGAUGUCAAGCUGCUCUGAUUGUAGGAUGGAGAACAGUUCAGUAAAGGCAUCACGUCGAUCAAAACGGGGGGUUUAACACAUUUGGACGGUCUGUCAAAGUUCAUUAUGUGAAAAUGUCUGAACCAAGUGAUCAGACUGUUUUCCCCUAUGUUCCUGUUCGUGCAUGUCUGUCAGAGGAAAACAGUGCAUCAUGGGACAAGUAGUCAAAUA